GUGUCGCUUCACUGUGCUACAGGUUGGGCAUGUCACGGUCAGACAAGGUUUUGUUGUAGCUACCUGGAGCAGGCGCACCUGGAAGUGAAGCGCGGCUUCCGUCACGCUGCGGAACGCGCGCUCGGAUCUCACUCUCUGUUCGGCCGCGCGUGGAUCGGGGCCGACGCGGGGAACUCUGGGAGCGGAUCAAUAAUUAACCUGCCAGGUCGAACUUUACCGAGGCGCCGAUCCGCGGAGCCGAAACGAGCGGAGGAGCGCGCGACCUCCACUAAAAACAGGCCCACGGGUGGUUUCGUGUGUUUUUUAUUAUUAUUUUUUUUGCCGUCUCAUGUCAUUAGUCCCGGGUCUGUGCUGGAACCAUGCCGGGAGCGGAGAGCCGACUGGAGAGCCGUCUACAGGCGCUGGAGUCCCUGCUGAAGAGUCCGCAGUCGACUCUGAACCUGGAGACUUUGCUGGAUUCUGUGAAUGCUCUGGCUCACGAUCUGAACUAUCCCAUCCUGCGGAAAAACAAAAACAUAGAUGCCUUUCUGAACCGAUAUGAAAAGGUGGUGAGUCAGCUGCGGGAGCUGCAGGUGAAGCUGGACGACUUUGAGAAGGUGAAGCUGAUCGGGAGGGGAGCGUACGGAGAGGUGCAGCUGGUCCGUCACAAGGCCUCUCAGAAGCCGUACGCCAUGAAGAAGCUCAGCAAGUUCGAGAUGGUGAAGCGGGCGGAGUCGGCCUUCUUCUGGGAGGAGCGGCACAUCAUGGCCUUCUCCGACAGCCCCUGGAUCGUCCAGCUGUGCUGCGCUUUCCAAGACAACCGCCACCUGUACAUGGUGAUGGAGUUCAUGGCCGGCGGCGACCUGGUCACGCUCACCAUGAACUACGACAUCCCGGAGAAGUGGGCCCGCUUCUACACGGCCGAGGUGGUGCUGGCGCUGGACGUCAUCCACUCCAUGGGCUUCAUCCACCGCGACGUGAAGCCCGACAACAUGCUGCUGGACCAGCACGGACACCUCAAGCUGGCCGACUUCGGCACCUGCAUGAGGAUGGACUCGACGGGCAUGGUGCGCUGCGACACCGCCGUGGGCACGCCGGACUACAUCUCCCCGGAGGUGCUGCAGUCCGAGGGGGGCGAGGGCUACUACGGCCGCGAGUGCGACUGGUGGUCCGUGGGCGUGUUCGUGUACGAGCUGUUUGUCGGGGAGACCCCGUUCUACGCCGAGUCGCUGGUGGGGACGUACGGGAAGAUCAUGAACCACCAGAACUCCCUCGUGUUCCCUGACGAUGUGGAGAUGUCCCGUGACGCCAAGGACCUCAUCUGUGCCUUCCUCACCGACCGGAAGGUCCGUCUAGGCCGCAGCGGAGUGGAUGACAUUAAGUGCCACCCCUUCUUCAAGGACGACCAGUGGACCUUCGACAACAUCAGAGAGACUGUGGCCCCGGUGGUUCCGGAGCUGAGGAGCGACAUAGACACCAGCAACUUUGACGACAUAGAGGUGGAUAAAGGAGAUGUGGAGACGUUCCCUCCGCCCAAAGCCUUUGUGGGCAACCAGCUGCCAUUCGUGGGCUUCACUUUCUUCAAAGAGGACCAGCUUCUGAAGGGAAACAACAGCUGCUCUGUGGACAACUGUCAGAAAAACUCAGAGGAUAAGGAGCGUUAUUUCAACAGCGAUAAAGAGCUGCAGGACAAGCUGAAUCGACUGGAGGAGCAGCUCGACAAUGAGAUGCAAGCCAAGGAUGAGCUGGAGCACAAGUUCAAGAACGCUACCAACCGCUUGGACAAGCUGGUGAAAGAACUGGACAGCGAGAUGAGCAGCAGGCAGCGCGUGGAGGCCUCGCUGAGGCAGCUGGAGCGCGAGCGGGCUCUGCUGCAGCACCAGAGCGCCGAGAGCCUGCGCAAGGUGGAGGUGGAGGCCGAGAGGAAGCGCAGCCUGGAGAACGAGCUGAACAACCUGAGGAAGAGGAACCAGACUUCACAGAUCUGCAAUGAGAAGAACAUGCAGCUGCAGAGACAACUGGAGGAGGCCGGCGCCCUGUUCAAGGCCGAGCAGGAGGAGGCGGAGAGGCUGAAGAAGAGCCAGGCGGACCUGCAGAAGCAGGUCCACAGCCUGGAGGCCGGCCUGCGCGAGGCCCAGGAGAAGUGCAGCCACCUGGAGAGCGGCAGGAUGGAGCUGGAGAAGCAGCUGACGGGGCUGCGAGCCGAGCUGGAGGAGGAGCGACGAGACCGCGGCCUCAGGACAGAAACCAUUUCUGACCUGCAAGGACAGAUCUCUGUGCUGGAGGAGCAGAUAAAGGAAGUGAAGUCAUCACUGUCCAGAGUCCAGGAUGAGAAGAAGCAGCUACAGGAGAAGCUCAGUGACCUCGAGAAGGAAAAGAGCAACCAGGAGAUCGACCUGACGUUCAAGCUGAAGUCGCUGCAGCAGAGUCUGGAGCAGGAGGAGACGGAGCACAAGGCCACCAAGGCCAAGCUCGCCGACAAGAACACCAUCUACCAGUCCAUCGAGGAGGCCAAGUCCGAGGCCUUGAAAGAAAUGGAGAGCACCCUGCAGGAGGAGCGCAGCGUGAAGCUGCAGGUGGAGGGGAAGCUGCUGCAGCUGGAGAAGGAGCACUCCCUGCUGGACUGCGACUACAAGCAGGCUCAGAACAAGCUGGACGAGCUGCAGGCGCAGAAGGAGAAGCUGUCUGAGGAGGUGAACACCCUGAGCCUGCGCCUGGAGCAGGAGAUCCAGAAGCGGAAUCUGAGCCAGAACGACCUCAAGGCGCAGAACCAGCAAGUGUCGGCGCUGCGCUCGUCGGAGAAGCAGCUCAAGCAGGAGCUCAACCACCUGCUGGACAUGAAGCAGAUGCUGGAGAAGCAGAACCAGGAGCUGCAGAGGGAGAAGCAGGAGGCUGACGGCCAUUUAAAGGAGCUGAAGGACCAGUUGGAGGCAGAGCAGUAUUUCACGACGCUUUACAAGACGCAGAUCCGUGAGCUGAAGGGCGAGGUUGAGGAGAAGUCCAAGCUCUACCAGGAGGCGCAGCAGCAGCUGGCCGAGUAUCAGCAGGAGAGGGAAUCACUGACGUCGGAGCUGGAAGCCAGUCUGGAAAAGGUGGACUCGGAGCAGCUGGCCCGCACUAUUGUCGAGGAGCAGUACUCGGAGCUGGAGAAGGAGAAGAUCAUGAAGGAGCUGGAGCUCAAAGACAUGAUGGAGAGGCACAAACAGGAGCUGGGCGACAAGGAGGCCACCAUCGGCUCGCUGGAGGAGUCCAACCGCACCCUGACCGUGGACGUGGCCAACCUCGCCGGCGAGAAGGAGGAGCUCAACAACCAGCUGAAAGACCUGCAGCAGCAGCUCCUCAGCGCUCAGGAGAAGGAGAAGCAGCACAAAGAGUCCUUUGAAAAGCAGCUGCAGAGUGAGAGGACCAAAAAAAUUCAGGCCGUCAACAAGCUGGCGGAGGUGAUGAACAGGAGGGAGUCGGAGCGCGGCGGCCACCGGGCCGUGGACUCGGAGGUGCACAGGAAGGAGAAGGAGAACAGGAAGCUGCAGCUGGAGCUGCGGGCGGAGAAGGAGAAGCUCAACAGCACGCUCAUCAAGUACCAGCGGGAGCUGAUGGAGAUGCAGGCGGUGAUCGUCGAGGAGAACCAGACGCGCCAGGAGCUCCAGAUGGCGCUGGACAGCAAGGACAGCGACAUCGAGCAGCUCCGCAGCCAGAUCACCUCGCUCAGCGUCCACUCCCUCAACUCCACCAGCAUCAGCGGCGGCGGCGACCUGGACGGAGGGGACGGGUACCCAGUGCGCAUCACUCACUCGCACACCUCAGAAUCCAUGUCCUUCACCUACCAGCGCACGCAGAAAUCCGUCCGCAUCGACACGCGGCCAAACCUUCGCUCAGCCCGUCCCCUGUUUGAGUCAGACUCCGAGGAGGAGGAGGAUGAUGAUGAUGAUGAUGGCCGGGUGGAGCAGGGCGCCCGUCCCCUGGCUCUCACCUAUGAACAGCCCACUGAUAGCGACCCUGCAGACUCCAGGCUGGAGGGCUGGAUUUCACUUCCUACCAAGAACACCAAGCGCUUCGGCUGGGACAAGAAGUUCAUAGUCGCGAGCAGUAAGAAGAUCCUGUUCUACAACAGUGAGCUGGACCGUGAGCAGGCCAACCCUUUCAUGACCCUGGAUAUUGAUAAGCUGUUCCACGUCCGACCCGUCACUCAGACCGAUGUGUACCGCGCCGACGCCAGAGAGAUUCCAAGGAUAUUCCAGAUCCUGUAUGCCAACGAAGGCGAGAGCAAGCGCGAGCAGGAGGCCGCGGUGGAGCCGGCGCCGUACGGCGAGCGCCCCUCCUACAUCAGCCACAAGGGCCACGAGUUCAUCCUCACGCUCUACCACUUCCCGUCCAGCUGCGAGAUCUGCACCCGGCCGCUGUGGAACGUCUUCAAGCCGCCGCCGGCCCUCGAGUGCCGCCGCUGCCACACCAAGUGCCACAAGGACCACCUGGACAGGAAGGAGGAAGUUAUCGUGCCCUGCAAGGUCAACUACGACAUGUCCACUGCCAAGGAGCUGCUCCUGCUCGCCAGCUCCCCGGGGGAGCAGCAGCGCUGGGUCAGCCACCUCCUCAAGCGCAUCCCCAGGAAGCACCCGGCGGCGAGUCCGCCGGCCAUAACGCACAGCAGCCCCCCGGAAGCGUCGCCGCGCCUCUCGCCGCGCCUCUCGCCGCGGCCCUCGCCCAGGGGCUCGCCGCAGCUGUCGCCGCACCGCGGGGCCGUGAGGCUGCAGUCCACCCGACAGCCGCCGCCGUCGGGGAAGAGCAGAUUGCUUGAGUUUGGCCUGAAAGAUUGGAGUUGGUCGCUGGAUGAUGUCGCUAAUGAUGAUGAUGAUGAUGAUUUGUUCUUCUGAGGAAGGCAGACAGAGGUUAACCCUGGCUCACGGCGGAUGCGUAUUUUCAUCUUCGCGGGUUAAUGACCGCAAGCUGGACGCGGUGCCUACAUGUGUUAUUUCUGCAGGGAAGUGAACGAUAAUGAGGAAAAAACACUGAUUAUGGACAUCAUCCCACGAAAUCAUCAGUAAAAGCUGCCUCGUUUUCUACUCGUCAUGUAAAAGUCCCGGACAGUGACUCACAUAGGUUUAUAUUUGUCAAGGCAUGUGUGUGUGUGAACAUUUGUAUAUAGGAUGAAGAGGCCAGGCUGUGUAUUGUAACAGAACGAGUAGCACAAUAUUUAGCAUUUGCUUGGAAAUGUAUGAACACUUGAUGUUCACUGAAUGAAAGGUUUAACAUUGAGUCCGGACCUCCUCGGACUCACGUCUUCAUCCGAUCUGAUACAAAACGAUAUAUGACAGAAUAAUGUGAAAUGGGAUGAUUAAAAUAAACUGUUAACCUGGA